ACCUUUGGAUGGUAUAAACAUUGCAAACAACCAACAAACCUACGAUUGGGAUGAUCUUAUAAGCAUAAAUACCAUUUAUAACAAUAUAAUUGCUGGAGCAAAUCACUCAAAUACUAUUUUAGACAACUUUUUAACAAUUAAAGGAAACCACAUAAAUGCUAUUCAAGGUGAUUUAGAUAACCUUACAAAUGUUGGCAAAGAUUACUUAGCUGCUAAUUAUGAUGAUCCUAUAGAUAGUCUAGCUGCUACUUACGAUGAUCCUAGCUGCUACUUACGAUAA